AUGACUGCUCCAUCCGGGAGAGAGCAAUACAGCACUCUUGAGGUGGCCACGAAUGAAGAUAUUCUGAGGCAGGGAAAUGGUUUAGAGGUAGUGCCGCCCUCGACACUAGAGCCCUAUGGGUACUAUGACCCGACGAAGCCAGGGCAUGCGGCGACACAACCCGAAAACGACAAGCUAUUGCCUACAGCAGCAGCGGCCUCUGUGCCUUCUACAUCACCGGCAUACUCAACAUAUCCCGAAGUAGCAGAGGGUGGCGGUGCAAAGGCAGUAGGUGCUGGUGGUGGUGGUUCGAAGAGCGUGAAGAUAUGCGGCCUCCCCCGAAAAGUGUUUUGGCUUGUGCUCGCUGGCGCUAUUCUAGUCAUUGUCGGCGUUGUCGUUGGCGCUGUAGUAGGCACAAGGAGCAGUAGCCAAAAAGAGACCUCAUCCCCGUCACAAGAUGGAGAUCAAGGUGGCGAUGAAGAUGCUGGACAGGUCAACACUGGUUCCGGGAUGGCGAGAGUAUACAAGCAGUCGCGGCUGGCUUCGGCCAAUUUUACCGACGCGUACGGAUACAAGAAUUAUCUAGUGAUAUAUCAGAUGAGAGACACAACUAUUCGCAUGUCCGCUUUCAAUACAUCGACAAAUAAAUGGGUUGCAUCAAACAUAAUCAAUGGAACGACGAACCCAAUCUUACGUGGCUCUUCUCUGGCGAUUGACACCUUCUGGCAAGGUGCCAACAGUCCCGACGUGAGCAUCUACUACCAGAACGAGGGAUCAGUGACAGCUAUUAUGUCCCUGUCCUACAGCAGCGACGACGAUAUAUCUACAACAGAUCGGGUACCAACUAAUAACUGGCAAUCUGUGGAUACUGUUAGUGGUUUUAAUUCGAUGCCCGGGUCUUCACUUGCCGCCUACGGCAAGCAAUGCGAGUUCUGUAAUCAAUACGCAUACUUCUUCUGGCAAAGGGAACAGGGUCUUUAUAUGGCCGAAAAUUCGGGCCAGUCUUUCACAGACGCGAAUCUGAUAGACAUAACGGAGAAGCCAUCGGCCAAUACAUCAAUAGCGCUCACAUUUUCCGGGACACUGACAGGAGACAAGGACGCCAUCCUGCGCCGGAGUCUCAACCUUUUCUACCGAUCAACGACAAGUGGAUUGACACAGUUGCGAAUCGGCAAUGGCGCGUUCCUACCCCAAUAUGUGGGUCGGGACAUAGGGCCACGAACCAACUUUGCAGCCUUCUCGACAGGCUUCAACGAGAGCGAUUCGGACAACCCGACGCCCCUCGGUUUUCAGGUGCUCAGCAUUGAUCCAGAUGUCGAUGAUGGUGUCCAGUUGACGUAUAUGAAGGACAGCCAGUGGGAAGCAUCCAGCGAUCCAGUCGAGGAUCUACAGGACUGCCGGGGACGUGCUACGAUGACUGUCAACACAGGUCGGCGGUUAUACUGCUUGGUCGAUGCAGAUGAGGACGAUGGCGUGGAUAUCAUAGAAUACGCUUGGCAAGGAGACCCAAGCGAUACUAGUACAUACCUUAGCUGGGAGAAAAUCGGUGCUGUGGAUAUACUGUUAGCCAAAGACUAA